GACUCUCCCCUCUCUCACUCCCCUUCGCUAGUCUUCUCUCUCUCUCUCUCUCACUCUCGAGCUCGAUGUCGAGAAAUCUCUAAUCUCCGCUUUCUCUUCUUCUUCUUUGACUUCUAGCGCCAUAGCUACUAUACUCGAGAUAAGGUGAUACAGUGAUAGAGAGAGAAAUGUUGUUGGGAAAGAGAGCGAGGCAGUCCAUGAAUAGAACCACAAGCAUGACGGAGUUCACGUUGGAUCUCGGCAUCGAAGAGGCCUCGAUGGCGGCGGCAUCGGCUAAUAAUUUCGAGGCGUUUGAUCCUCAUAACGCCUUCAAGGCCGGAGGCGCGCUCCGGCCGCCGGCCUCCGAUGCCGUAACCGUCAGAACCCUGAAUCGUCGGAGGUCGGCAGAUUUCGCCGCCGAAACAACCGCCCAUUUUCUGAGGGCUUGUUCUCUCUGUAAACGCUGCCUGAUCCCCGAUCGUGAUAUCUACAUGUAUAGAGGAGAUAGUGCAUUUUGCAGCCUAGAGUGCAGGCAAAAACAGAUGUCUCAGGACGAGAGAAAAGAGAAAUAUCUACUGAUGAAUUCUAACAAGAAGGAAACCGCAACAACCAGCUCCGCCGCCGCCGAAUCCGAAGCCGCCGCCGUGUAGAUUAGUAGUGGUAUAAAAUAGUGGACCGCUACGAAUCAAAGACGAUAAAUAUAUGCGUACGAUGCGUUAUGUGGUUCUAACGAGUAUUGGAGGUUUUGCAGAAAUAAAAGAAAAUGUUAUUUUCACGUGGAUCCAACACCAUGUAAUAUUCAUGGCCACAUAUUUAAAUUGUAUAAUGCGUCCCAGGCCAGCUGAUGAUGAUGUUAAUUAUUGCUUUAAUUUUGAGAAUGUAUGCAUGGAUCGGAGUUACUGAAAAUGCCUGCCAGAUUUUAUAUAUGUCUCGUAUGCUAAAAUAGUGUGUUUCAUAUGCCGUCACGUAACAUUUUUCAUAUAAUAAAGCCUUAGUUUCUUC